AUGAACGACUUGACGGUGGGUCAAGGUGGCCCCGCAGUUCCUGGGUCAGUGGAGAAAGAUGUCGGCUUGGGCGGUGCCUCGGAAGCUUCGACCUGUGCGAUAGCUUUGAGGUGGCAGCAAGUGCCCGAUGCUCCCCCGAUUGCCUUGGUGACAGACUCUGCCCUGACGGUGGGCCAAGCUGGUUGCUUCCCGCAGCUGCCCGCAACGGCGCAGGCAGUGCUUCUCAGACUGCCUGACGCACGGACUGCUGCGCGUGUCAAGCAAGCAGACCCUGCUGUUAUAUUGGUGGAUGUUCCGUCACAGGUUGCCGUGGUGCCCACGAUCUGCAGAGCGGCUUUAGGCCGCUUCAGAUCUGCCGCUCAAGGGGGUUUGGCAGCCAUUGUGGCCGAGAGGAAGGCUGUGAACGUUGCCGAGCUCUUGUCUCGGCGCUGGAAGCUGGUUUCCCACGCAGGCCUGGCAACUCGCAGGACUUCACGGAACUCAGGCCAAAUGAACGACCUGACGGUGGGUCAAGGUGGCCCCGCAGUUCCUGGGUCAGUGGAGAAAGAUGUCGGCUUGGGCGGUGCCUCGGAAGCUUCGACCUGCGCGAUAGCUUUGAUUUGGCAGCAAGUGCCCGAUGCUCCCCCGAUUGCCUUGGUGACAGACUCUGCCUGA